AUGGAACGAACAUAGAAAAUUUCAAGAAAGUUGACUUAAGAAUACACAGAGCCCUACAAUUAGGCAGAGCAAUUCAAGGUUAAACCGAUAAAAGAAACCUUUGUAGAGGAAGAUAGCAGUGACAAGCCAGGUAAUUAAUAAUAAAACGGAUUUCUAACUUACCACACAAAUUGCCAAGUUGCUUCAGUGCAAUAAAAUGAGAACCCUGAGUUCGAAUGA